AUGGCUCGACGUGCCCCCGAUCAUUUCGCGCUUUACGCAGAUAACGACCUUAUAAAGAAAUUGUCUCACAAAGUGCCACAAGCUUUGUCGUUUACUGAGGAAAAUGUGAAUUCAGCGCUCCACCUUUCCUCAGCACGGAUUGCGCGCUCUACACCUGUUUUCGAAGGCUAA